UGGCCCGUGACGGGACCCGUCGAUCGCGCUGGUGUCUGGGAAGGAGAGAAAAUGGCGGCCGAGCCGAGCAAGACAGAGAUCCAGACCAUUUUUAAGAGGCUUCGCGCAAUUCCGACCAACAAGGCCUGCUUCGACUGUGGCGCCAAGAAUCCGAGUUGGGCCAGCAUCACGUACGGUGUGUUCUUGUGCAUUGACUGUUCCGGGGUGCAUCGCUCCCUGGGCGUCCAUCUCAGCUUCAUCAGGUCCACAGAGUUGGAUUCCAACUGGAACUGGUUCCAGCUGAGGUGUAUGCAGGUCGGCGGGAAUGCCAAUGCGACAGCCUUCUUCCGCCAACAUGGAUGCACAGCCAGUGAUGCCAACACCAAAUAUAAUAGCCGAGCUGCCCAGAUGUACCGGGAAAAGAUCCGGCAGCUGGGGAGUGCGGCCCUGGCUAGGCAUGGCACUGAUCUUUGGAUAGACAAUAUGAGUAGUGCUCCCAGUCACUCCCCAGAGAAGAAGGACUCUGAUUUCUUCUCGGAACACACUCAACCCCCUGCCUGGAAUGCACCAGACACGGACCCAUCAGAGACCCAGGAGCCAGCCCCAUCUUCAGAGAGCAGUGGUCUGGCACAGCCGGAGCACGGCCCCAACAUGGAGCUGAUUGGCACCUCACCCAAAGCUUCUCUGGAACUGAAAACCUCCCUCAUUGGCAAGAAGAAGCCAGCAGCAGCUAAGAAAGGGCUGGGUGCCAAGAAAGGCCUAGGGGCCCAGAAGGUGAGCAGCCAGAGUUUCAGCGAGAUUGAGCGACAGGCCCAGGUGGCAGAGAAGCUCCGUGAGCAGCAGGUGGCUGAUGCCAAGAAGCAGGCCGAGGAGUCCAUGGUUGCCUCCAUGCGUCUGGCCUACCAGGAGCUUCAGAUUGACCGUAAGAAGGAGGAGAAGAAGCUACAGAAUCUGGAAGGGAAGAAGCGAGAGCAGGCAGAGAGGUUGGGCAUGGGACUGGUGUCCCGAAGUUCCGUCUCCCACUCGGUGCUGUCUGAGAUGCAGGUGAUCGAGCAGGAAACCCCAGUGAGUGCAAAAUCCUCCCGCUCACAGCUGGACUUGUUUGACGAUGUUGGUACUUUCGCCUCUGGACCCCCAAAGUACAAGGACAACCCCUUUUCCUUGGGGGAGAGUUUCGGUUCGCGCUGGGAUACAGAUGCUGCCUGGGGUCUGGACGGGAUGGAGGAGAAGGAGCCAGAAGUGACUGUCUCAAGCGUCCGGCCCAUUUCAGAAAGAGUCACAAACCGGAGGGAAGUGGAAAGCCGGAGCUCAGGCCUCGAGUCGAGUGAAGCACGACAGAAAUUCGCAGGAGCCAAAGCCAUCUCAUCUGACAUGUUCUUUGGGCGGGAGGUGGAUACUGAGAGGCCCCGAGGCCUUGCCUUUUCUUCACCGCAGCAUGAAGCCAGGUCCCGGCUACAGCGGCUCUCAGGCAGCAGCGCUAUCAGCUCUUCGGACCUCUUCGGGGACAUGGAUGGCGCUCAUGGAGCAGGUAGUGUGUCUCUGGGGAACGUGCUGCCCACAGCUGACAUUGCCCAGUUUAAGCAGGGUGUCAAGUCUGUGGCCGGGAAGAUGGCUGUGCUGGCCAAUGGCGUGAUGAGUUCUUUGCAGGAUCGCUAUGGUUCCUACUGAUCCAGGCUCCAUGGCUCAGACAUAUGGUGUUGACAGCAGCAAAAACCUCAUGAUUCCUAGGCCUGGGAUGCUUGCCUUGUGGAAGCUGGGGAGGAAUUGUUAUUUUAUACCUGUGGUGUGUGAGUGGGUGGCCUUUGAGGAUCUCGGGUGAGGGAUGGGCAGUAUUAGCCCCUGACCUCUGCCUGGAGAUUGAGCCCUUUUAUUCUCUUCUUCUCACACUCCCACCCCUGUGUGCUAGAUUAUUGUUAAUCCAGUCCUGCCCCCAAAGCUGCUGCUCACUUGUCCUGCCACACUGGGAGUGAAGGGGGGGGGGAGUUCCCUCAGGAUGGCUUAUUCUGGGUCCAGGCCUUCCCCGAGUAGGGAAAGUAAAAAGUAUAAGGCUUUUUUGCUGGCUCUAGGAUCCUUCCAGAUUGUCUGGGGGUUUGGCCCCUGUCCUCUGGAACCAGCAAGGAGGUCUAGAAAGAGUUCUGCUGUAGAUCAGCCCCCAGGGGAGGGAGGUUCUGGACUUGGCUGCUGCUGUUGCUGCUCCAGUGGUCUCUUCUGGGCACCAGGAGAGGGCAGGGGAGGGGAAGGACCUUCUUCUGGGCCUUACUGAGCGCUAAACACUUUACCUGGUACCUGAAGGUUUCAUUUGGGGUCAGACUGGAGGCCCGAGUGAUCUUCUCCUGUCUCACGGCCCCUUUUUACAGCGGUCACUUGGAGGGUCACUUCUCCUCCUGGGUGUCUCGGAGGCCUCCCACACCAUCCAUUGUGGACCACAGGACCCUGUGUCCCUUCUUCUCUGGCUUGGUGGCCAUGGUGGGUCUCAACUGCCCUGUGCUCUGCUCUGGAUGCUGUGAGUGUAAAGCUGGCCAAGAAAGCAGAGGACGUGAGGGACAGAAGCAGGUUCCUGGGGCUCAGCUUGCUUCCUCCGCAUCACGUGGGUCUUGGGGCCUGGACAGCACCCCACCCCUGAGAGCGUGAGGCGCCUACAGAGCUGCAGGUCUCACCCCUCUGGGCCACACACUCAUCCUUGGUGCCAUCGUCCCCUGCUGCGCUGGCAGCCUGGGCCCCCCCCACCCCGUGGUGGAGGGUUGAGGUCCCAAGCAACACAGACCACUGUUCCCACCACCCCCUCACCCAAAGGGAUGUGACUUUCUUUCUGGACUGUUUGUAUUGAAACUAAGUGGUGUCAAAUAAAGCCCCGACGGGGCCCUAGGCCUCUGUUGGUCUGAGUGAA